AUGUCUUCAAAAUGGUCUCGACUUUAUUUAAAGCAAGAAGAUUUGCCUCUACUGCUUUUCCAAUACACUUGGUCCCGCCAAGGUUAUGAGCUCUAUGUUACUGAUCUCACCUCAGUCUGGUCUGAGCGCCUACCACAAAAAGAGAUUUUAAAACGAGCAGAGAACAACAAUACAACUAUAGAUCCAAGUGAAAGUCAAGAGCAACUGGAAGUUCUGCUUGUGAAGAUUGGAGAAGCUCUGCGCGGCGAUGGGGGCAGCUCAACAGUCAGUCAUGGAUCCGACGCCAAUUCGCUCGAGCUCUCCAUCAGUACCAAGCUACCAGCUCCUUUAAAGGCUUUGAAAUGGACUCUGUCUAUCUUAAAAGAGCCCGCCUCGUCUCUGACAACCCAACUACUUCUCCCUCUAUUGAGGGAUGAAGCAGCGUGGGAGUCCCGUCAGCGAUCCAUACUAGAUCAACUUAAGCAGAAGGACUGGGUCCUUGGGAGAAUUUUCGAUAAGAUCGAUGUACUUGGUAUUGACCUGGCGACGAUUUUCCCCGGAGCCGCAGGCCUGCGUACAUCUCGAAAGGGAAACACCCGGUCUGAAGCAGCCAAAUAUAUCAAGGGCCUUGCACCGUUCGACGAGUCCGCCUGGCUUACUGAGUCUGAGAGAUUAGCUGCAAAUCUAGUCCACGAAUUAGUUGGAUCUGACUGCAGUGCUGAGGUUGAGACUAUCAGUCCGCCGCCGGACAGGUGGUGGAGCUCUGUCUCUGCCGCUGUCGAAGAAGACAACAAUACUAGAGAUUCGCAAAAUUCCUAUAAACUCUCGCAACGAGAUCUUGAUAUGGAUUUAGAUCAAAACAAUGCUUUCACAGAGAGUGAGGAUGAAUUUGAAGAACAAGAAAAUCUUCCACAAAGAAAGGCCAAGAAAGACCAAGUGAUCUCCUCGCCACCAAAAUCUACUAAGAAAAAAUCACCACCUCAAACCCGUGCGCCAGACCCUGGCGAAUCUGAACUAGAAUCUGAGCCUCUGUUAAGUCAAAGGCGCACACCUAGUAUCUCACCCCCGCCAAAAUCUCCAAGCAAGCAGGCCCCCAAGAAGCUCAAAACAGGUUUUGGUGUAAUAGGAGGCAAGAGAAAGCAAGAAAAGCAACCAACCCCAUCUCCGCCACCACCCCCAUCACCCCAAAACCCAGAAAAGGCCGAAGUAGUCGAAGAUACACCUCAAAACAAGCCGGCUCCCAAGAAGCCCAAACUAGGACUAGGUGUAAUAGGAGGCAAGAAAAAGCAAGAAAAGCAAUCAACACUAUCACAACCACCACCCCAAAAACCAGAAGAGGUCCCCAAAGCAGCUGAGGACACAUCUACAUCCACGUCUCAAACGCAACCAAUGGUAAAGCCCAAACGACCCGCGAAGCUAGGCAUGAUAGGGGGAAAGGUUAAAGCCAAAGUAUCUUCUCCCCGCCAGGAAACGCCUGCAGCACAGCCAGAGAAUACUCCUGCACAGUAUAUAGUGAAAAAGAAAGAAUCCUCGUCAUAUCCUCCGCUGAAAAGGGAGGAUUCGCCUCAACCUAGCCCAUCGGCUGGAAAGCCUGACGCUAAUCCACCUGCUGCUCCCGAAACGGACGAGCAAAAGGUUCAGCGGAAGCGAGAGGAAUUGAAGCGGAAGCUUGAUGCGAAGACGAAAGCUCCAAAGAAACGGAGAUUCUAG